AUGAAGCGUCUCCUGGACUUCAGCUCUGACGGACUGGAGAAAAUAUUCAUUCGCAGGGAUCAGGAAGUUCAGCGUCUGGAACAGGAAGUGCAGAGACUUCAGCGGCGGCUGCAGGAAGUGCAGGAGAGAACAGCCAAUCACAUCACUCUGCUGCAACAGCAACUAGCCAAUAAGACACAAGAUGUAGAGAGACUUCAGGUCAAGCUGCAAUCACAGCAGGACUAUGAGAAGAUCAAAACUGAGCUCAGGAGUUUACGAGCUCUUAAACAAACUGAUCUUCAUGUUGAUUUGGUGUCUCCUGCUCCUCCAACAGACGUCAGAUGUGUCUCUGUUGAAAAUGAUGAUGUGAUUGAGGUGCAGGUCAAAACACCAGACUUCCAUCUCUCCUUUGGACAAGAGGAAGAGCUGAAUGAAUCCUUCUCCAUCAUCUCUGGCCAUCCAAUGAAAAACAGCAGAUCAUCAUCAUCAUCAUCUCCCGGGAGUCUUCAGAUGGUCAUUAAAGCAGAUCCGGAUUCUGAUGUGUUUCGGGAUUCUGAUGAGCAGGAGCUGGACACGCUGCAGGUCACGCAGCAGGUCAAACAGGCUCUUCAGAGCAGGAACAUCGGCCAGCGGGCGUUCGGACACUAUGUUCUGGGUCUUUCUCAGGGGUCCGUCAGUGAUAUUCUGGCCCGACCCAAACCCUGGAGCAAACUGACCCAAAGAGGAAAAGAGCCCUUCCUGAGGAUGAAGCACUUCCUGUCUGAUGAACAGGCCAUGAGGACACUCAGCGAGAUCCAGGAGACACUCAGAGGUCUCGCUCCGUGUGUCCGUCCUGCAGAAGUCAGCUCAGAUCAGGCCAUCAGGAACAUUCUGGAUCAGAGUCGCCUGGAGAUGCUGGAUGAAGAGUUGCGAUCGGUGCACAGCAGCAGCAGUAGCGACGCAUCAGAAAACGCCAUCAGAAUCAUCCUGCAGGGAGCGCAACAGCAGAUGCAUACCAACCAAUCACCAAUCACACUAGAAGAACAAAUACAUUGUAGGACACUGGAUCCCAGCGUUCAGACCCCAGCUGACUUUGUCCAGGGAAUCAUCCAGAAGGUCAAAUAUGAGAUCGAUGAAGACGUUCAACCCCCAGUUUCUCUGACGUCAAUGAAUCAGACUCUUCACGGAUGGAGUGUUGAGAACAGAGAUGCGGAGGAACAGUUUUGCUCUUCUCCGACGAUCAGCAGUCUGGAUCUACAGAAUCUGGAGCUUGACACGUUCAGCAUCACACAGAGGGUCAAAAAAACACUCAUAGUGCACAAUAUAGGUCAGCGUGUGUUCGGUGAGGAGGUUCUGGGUUUAACACAAAGCUCUGUGUCUGAACUUCUAUCUCAUCCCAAACCCUGGACUAAACUCAGCCUGAAGGGAAAGGAGAACUUCAUCCGGAUGCAUCUGUGGCUCCUAGACCCGCACAGUAUCCAGAAGCUCAACGCCAAGAAGAAGAGCGACCAGAGAGCUCGACUUAAGCGUGAUUAUCAGAGUGUGUGUGAGUCUCUGCAGUGCAGUGAUGUGUGGCGUGUGGAUGCCCUGAAGAGGCCACGCGUCGUGCUCAGUGUGCAGGAGAAGCAGACGCUGCUCUCCGCAUAUGAGCUGGAGCCGUAUCCCUCACAAAACACCAUCGACAGGCUGGCGGUGCAGCUCGGCCUUCAAACCAGCACUGUCAGCAACUGGUUCUACAACUACAGGUCUAGGAUCAGACGAGAUGGUUUUUGUGAACCAACACAGGUCAGCAGAUCUGAGAGUCCGGCUGGUUUGAGUCUGCUUUCACUGGCUUCAGCUGCGGUCAAACAGGAGCCCAGAGAUCCCGAAGCAGACGAACACACAGACGGACACGUUUCUGUUGGCAUUCAGUCAUUUAUGAGACUAAAAGAAGAGAAAGAGGAAGAUCUAAACUCAUUCUGCUCAUCGUUCUGAACUCAUCACCUCGCAGGACACUUAACCUUCAUAUU